ACGAGUCCACCCUCCCUGCCCCCCGCCCCCCUUCUCCCAGCCCGGCCAAUCAGAGGCCGCCCUACAGCCUUUCCCCCAAGUGGGGGGGCAGGGAGGCUCACAGUGGUGUGAGCGCCUGGGCUGCCAGCAGCGAAGUCCCUGUCUGCCCGAUCUGGGACCCAGGAUCGCCGUGUGAGCAUCUUGGAGCCAGAGAGCAGAUCCACAGCAACGGAGGGGAGAGAGGGGAGGAGAGAGCAGCCCCUCAGCCCAGCCGCCCAGCAGCAGCCUCUGCUCCCUUGACACAGACGGCCAGACCCAGGGCAGCCCCUCUGGCGGCUCUUCUCCUCCUGAGGAUGCUUUGGGAGUGAGGCGAAGCUGGGCUGCUCCUCAGCCCUGCAGCACCCCCUUCCCUCCGUCCCUUCUUCGAGUGUCGGGGAGCCUGCAGCGGUCCUGCCUGCCCGUCUACCCAGCUGUUGCCCAUUUCAGCAAAGUCUUUCUGAUAACAGGAAGAGGGCAGUAAGGAGGACUUCCUGGAGGGGGUGAUAGAAGCUAUCGGCAGCAAGGACACCAUGCGGCUUCCGGGUGUGAUGCCAGUUCUGGUCCUCAAAGGCCAGGUGCUGGUGCUGCCCCUGCUGUUACUGCUGGAACCACAGGUGUCUCAGGGCCUGGUCAUCACACCCCCGGGACCGGAGCUUGUCCUCAAUGUAUCCAGCACCUUUGUUCUGACCUGCUCGGGUUCAGCUCCAGUAGUGUGGGAACGGAUGUCCCAGGAGCCCCCGCAGGAAAUGACCAAGACCCAGGACGGCACCUUCUCCAGCAUGCUGACACUGACGAAUGUCACUGGGCUAGACACGGGAGAAUACUUUUGCUCCUACAAUGACUCCCGUGGGCUGAGCCCUGGUGAGCGGAAACGGCUCUACAUUUUUGUGCCAGAUCCCACCGUGGGCUUCCUCCCUAAUGACGCUGAGGAACUAUUCAUCUUUCUCACGGAAAUAACUGAGAUCACAAUUCCAUGCCGAGUGACAGACCCACAGCUGGUGGUGACACUGCAUGAGAAGAAAGUGGAUGUCCCACUGCCUGUCCCCUAUGACCACCAACGUGGCUUCUUUGGCACCUUUGAGGACAGGAGCUACAUCUGCAAAACCACCAUCGGGGACAGGGAGGUGGAUUCGGAUGCCUUCUAUGUCUACAGACUCCAGGUGUCAUUCAUCAACGUCUCAGUGAACGCAGUGCAGACUGUGGUCCGCCAGGGCGAGAAUAUCACCCUCAUGUGCAUUGUGAUCGGGAACGAGGUGGUCAACUUUGAGUGGACGUACCCCCGCAAGGAGAGUGGGCGGCUGGUGGAGCCAGUGACCGACUUCCUCUGGGAUAUGCCCUACCACAUCGUCUCCAUCCUGCACAUCCCCAAUGCCGAGCUAGGCGACUCAGGCACCUACAUCUGCAACGUGUCGGAGAGCGUGAACGACCAUCAGGAUGAGAAGGCCAUCAAUGUCACUGUGGUUGAGAGCGGCUUCGUGCGGCUGCUGGAAAACGUGGGCGCUCUGCAAUUCGCUGAGCUGCACCGGAGCCGGACACUGCAGGUGGUGUUUGAGGCCUACCCUCCGCCCACGGUCCUGUGGUUGAAGGACAACCGCACCCUGGGCGACUCCAGCACCGGCGAGAUCGCCCUGUCCACGCGCAAUGUGUCUGAGACCCGGUAUGUGUCAGAGCUGACAUUGGUGCGGGUGAAGGUGGCAGAGGCUGGCCACUACACCAUGCGGGCCUUCAAUGAGGAUGCUGAGGCCCAGCUCUCCUUCCAGCUGCAGAUCAAUGUCCCCGUCCGUGUGCUGGAGCUGAGUGAGAGCCACCCUGCCAGCGGGGAGCAGACAGUCCGCUGUCGCGGCCGAGGCAUGCCCCAGCCCAACAUCACCUGGUCUGCCUGCAGAGACUUCAAAAGGUGUCCACAUGAGCUGCCACCCACACCGCUGGGGAACAGUUCCGAGGAGAGCCAGCUGGAGACUAACGUGACGUACUGGGAGGAGGAGCAGGAGUUCGAGGUGGUGAGCACGCUGCGCCUGCAGCACGUGGACCGGCCCAUGUCAGUGCACUGCACGCUGCGCAACGCUGCGAGUCAGGACGCACAGGAGGUCAUCGUGGUGCCGCACUCCCUGCCCUUCAAGGUGGUGGUGAUCUCAGCCAUCCUGGCCUUGGUGGUCCUCACCAUCAUCUCCCUCAUCAUCCUUAUCAUGCUUUGGCAGAAGAAGCCGCGUUACGAGAUCCGAUGGAAGGUGAUCGAGUCUGUGAGCUCUGACGGCCACGAGUACAUCUACGUGGACCCCAUGCAGCUGCCCUAUGACUCCACAUGGGAGGUGCCACGGGACCAGCUUGUGCUUGGACGCACCCUCGGCUCCGGGGCCUUUGGGCAGGUGGUGGAGGCCACGGCUCAUGGCCUGAGCCAUUCGCAGGCCACGAUGAAAGUGGCCGUCAAGAUGCUGAAAUCCACCGCCCGCAGCAGCGAGAAGCAAGCCCUCAUGUCAGAGCUGAAGAUCAUGAGUCACCUCGGGCCCCACCUGAACGUGGUCAACCUGCUGGGGGCCUGCACCAAAGGAGGACCCAUCUACAUCAUCACCGAGUACUGCCGCUAUGGCGACCUGGUAGACUACCUGCACCGGAACAAGCACACCUUCCUGCAGCACCACUCGGACAAGCGCCGCCCGCCCAGCGCCGAGCUCUACAGCAACGCCCUGCCCGUUGGGCUGCCCCUGCCCAGCCACGUGUCCCUGACUGGGGAGAGCGAUGGUGGCUACAUGGACAUGAGCAAGGACGAGUCGGUGGACUAUGUGCCCAUGCUGGACAUGAAAGGAGACGUCAAAUAUGCAGACAUCGAGUCCUCCAGCUACAUGGCCCCUUACGAUAACUACAUUCCCUCUGCCCCCGAGAGGACCUAUCAGGCAACUUUGAUCAACGAGUCCCCAGUGCUUAGCUACACGGACCUCGUGGGCUUCAGCUACCAGGUGGCCAAUGGCAUGGAGUUCCUGGCCUCCAAGAAUUGUGUCCACCGAGACCUGGCGGCCAGGAACGUGCUCAUCUGCGAGGGCAAGCUGGUCAAGAUCUGUGACUUUGGCCUGGCUCGAGACAUCAUGCGGGACUCGAACUACAUCUCCAAAGGCAGCACCUUCCUGCCUCUGAAGUGGAUGGCCCCGGAGAGCAUCUUCAACAGCCUCUACACCACCCUGAGCGACGUGUGGUCCUUCGGGAUCCUGCUCUGGGAGAUCUUCACACUGGGUGGCACCCCUUACCCGGAGCUGCCCAUGAACGAGCAGUUCUACAACGCCAUCAAGCGGGGUUACCGCAUGGCCCAGCCCGCUCACGCCUCUGAUGAGAUCUACGAGAUCAUGCAGAAGUGCUGGGAGGAGAAGUUUGAGAUCCGGCCCCCCUUCUCCCAGCUGGUGCUGCUUCUCGAGAGACUGCUGGGCGAGGGUUACAGAAAGAAGUACCAGCAGGUGGAUGAGGAGUUUCUGAGGAGCGACCACCCAGCCAUCCUUCGGUCCCAAGCCCGCUUUCCCGGGUUCCAUGGCCUCCGAUCUCCCCUGGACACCAGCUCUGUCCUCUACACUGCUGUGCAGCCCAACGAGGGUGACAACGACUAUAUCAUCCCCCUGCCUGACCCCAAACCCGAGGUUGCUGAGGAGGGCCCCCCGGAGGGUUCCCCCAGCCUUGCCAGCUCCACCCUGAAUGAAGUCAACACCUCCUCUACCAUCUCCUGUGACAGCCCCCUGGAGCCCCAGGAAGAGCCGGAGCCGGAGCCCGAGCCCCAGCCGGAGCUCCCGGCAGAGCCCGAGCUGGAGGUGGAGCAGCCGCCAGACUCAGGCUGCCCUGGGCCGCGGGCCGAAGCGGAGGACAGCUUCCUGUAGGGGGCUGGCCCCCUCCCUGCCCCGCCUGAAGCUCCCCUCUGCCAGCACCCAGUGCCGCCUGGCCUGGCCGGGCCUCCUGUCAGCCAGGCUGCCCUUGCCAGCUAUCCCCUUCCAGCUUCUGCCCCUAGCGUGUUGUGCCCCACACUCUGGGGCUGGCUUAGGAGGCAAGAGAACUGCAGGGGCCGCGAGCAGCCCUCUGCCUCUGGGGAGGCCAUGUGACUCUGAGCCAGGGUUCCCCCCAGGGGACUCAGUUUCCCCAUAUGUAAGCGGGGAAAGUCGGGCUUGGUGAGCCACUCUCUGGGAUCCUCUCCCUGGCUGGCGGGUAGGGAGCUCGGAAUCUCUGGGGAGACUCCCCAGGUUACUGCGGUGGUAACUUCACGUUUUGCUCUGUGGCCAGCUACCCCUCAAGGAGCCAUAGUUCUCUCCUCGCACUUUCAUCCGCCCAAGAGCUAGGGAAGAGACCCUGGCCUCCCUGGCUCCUGGCUGAGCUGGGGCGGGGCCUUGGGCAGUGUUGCCUCACCCAGAAGGAUGCCAGUCUCUCUAUGAUGCCAGUCUCCGCUCUCCCAGGCCCGAGCUGGUCUGGGGCCAUCCGUGCCUAAUUAAUGCUAAUUAAUGCUGGAGGCUGAGCCAGGACACCGUAGCCUGCAGGCCUUACCCGGGGCGCUGGGGGCACACCUCGCUGUAGAAGGUGCCUGCGUCCCUGUCCUCAGGCCCAUCCGUCCUGGGCUUUUCUCCAUCACCCUCGGUCUUAAUGCACCCACCAGAGUCUGCAGGGCCAGACGGGCCCCGCAUCUGCGAUGAGGGUGUUGACGUGCCAGCGUGAAGUGUCCACAUGUAUGCGCCAGUAUGUGGCCCUGGCUCUGCGUUGGACCUGCCAUGAGACCUUGGAGGAAUCCCUCACCCUCUCUGGGCCUCAGUUUUCUCCUUUGAAAAAUGAGCAAGUUGGACUCAUUAACUCCAAGUGCCCUGCCAGCACUAACCUUCUAGAAUAUUCCAGGUGGUUGCACAUUUGUCCAGAUGAAGCAAGGCCAAAUACCCUAAGCUGCCAUUCUGGGGUCAGCUGGACUCUGGGGAGAUUCCAGACCACAUAUCACACUCCGGGGAUUCAGGAACUGCACCCCUUGCCCAGGCCCCCGGCAAGGCCCAAGAACGCAGCUGCCCAGGCCUUGACUCGGAGUGACAGCCAGUGUCCUGGAAAGCCCCCGGCAGCUGCCCAGGGACAUGGGAAGACCACAGGACCUCUUUAAGUACCCACAAUGACCUCUGGAGCUAUCCUGGGCAAGGGGGCCAGAGAGGGCAGAUCAGCUCACCUUGUGCAGCCCAUCACCUAGCACCUGCCGCCCGGGCCUGUGCCACAGACAGCAUGGACAGGGAGGACAGUUAUGUCCCAUAAAGGACAAGAAGCUUCAGAUGGGUACCCCGAGAAAGGGGCGUGAGAGGUGGGCACUUUGGGGGUUGCACCCACCUGCUGCCCCAUGCCUGAGGCAGUACCCCAUGGGGGUAUGGUCUCAUCACUGCCCAGGCCUAGUAGUGACACCUCACUGUCCCCAGCCCAGUGGGCAUUGGAGGUGCCAGGGAGUGAGGCUGUGGCCAAGACCACCAGCAGGGGGAAGGCUGGAGAGAGGAUGAAGGAAGCUCAGCCCAUCUGAGGGUACCAGCUCCCCACGCAGGUUGGCACCUUCCUAACCCAGGACCCCCAAAGCCUGGCCCAAGGAGGGGGAAGCGGGUCCUCAAUACGGUACCAAAGAUAUAAUCACCUAGGUUUACAAGUAUUUUUAGGACUCACGUUAACUCACAUUUAUACAACAAAAGUGCUAUUUUGUAUGCUGUUAAGUUUUCCUAUCCGUGUACUUUUUUAAGGGAAAGAUUUUAAUAUUAAACCUGGUGCUUCUCACUCA